AUGUAUUCGUUGAUCAUCUUGCUUCUACACAUGGUGUCAUCAUCAUCAGCAGACAAAUGUAACUCAUUUGUUUAUAAAUUAGCUACGUUCACUUUGAUCAAUGGCAAUAAUGACGCUUUAGAAAGGUUGAAAUGUUCAGCUGAACAUUACGAUAUUGAUUUCAACAUUCUCAACUUAGAACAGAGUUCUCUCAAUCAACAUGAAAAUGGCAAAAACACUGGCAAAUUAUUACAAAUGCUGACAAAAGAACUUGGAACAUUGAAGAUAUCAAACUCUACUAUCUUGCUCAUUAUUCAUGGAUUUGAUGCUGUUAUUACGUCAAAUGAAAGCGAUAUUAUUUGUCAGUUUCUCGACGCAUGCAGCAGUUGUCGUGUACUCCUUACACCGAAGAUAGUGUCAGCAGAACGCGAAGUUCGAUCAAUCGCUUUAAUUGGUUUUGUACCAAAUAUUUUGAAUGUGUUUGAUUUUAUUCAAUCACAGGAUGGCAAAGCUUUAUCAUACACCAACUUAUACUCUGAUGAUUCAGUGAAUAGUCUGGGAUUGACAUUUGAUACGAAAGGAAAAUUAUUUCAAAAUAUCGACAGCGCCAGUUCUGAGAUUAUCCUCUCAUUCCACGACAAUGGCGAUGCCUAUGUAACUAUAUUGGUAAGGCCUGGUCUGCCGAAUAUGGCUAUCUACAAUGCGGCACGAGCAGCUUGCUAUAAUCAGCUUUUUUUACAGCAGACAUCCGAAAACACAUGGCCAUCAGUUACAUUGGCAAUUUUCAUUACUAAACCUAUUCCUUUUAUACGAGAAUUUUUGGCAACAGUAAGCCGUAUAUCUUAUCCGACUUCCAAAAUUGACUUUUAUAUUUACAAUAAUCAGAAGUACAAUAAGAAAGAGGUCGAUGAGUUUUUGAAAACUGUUAAAAAAUUGUAUCGGAAAGUGCAAUAUGAUAACAGUGAUACUGAAUUGGGUGAAAGAGAGGCCAGGAAGGCUGCUUUGACUUUUGCCGAGGAAACAUUUAAUGAUUUUAUAUUCAUGCUUGAUGGCGAUGUUCAUUUGACAACACCUGAAACAUUGCAACUCUUGAUUGAAACUGCCAUUGCUGGAAAAUUUGGUAUCAUUGCCCCAAUGGUAACUCUCCAUGACAAGCCAUUUUCAAACUUUUGGGGUGCGCUAGACAAUAAUGGAUAUUACUUACGUUCGGAAGAUUAUAUUGAGAUAGUAGAUGGAAAUCGAGUGGGAAUAUGGAAUGUCCCUUAUAUCAGCAGGGCUAUACUUAUUAACAGGGACAAGUUAUGUUCUGGACAACAUGGUCUUCUAAUAAAAUACAAAAAGUCUCGCAUAUUCCAGAUUAAGGUGCUUAAAGAGAGCUACACCUACAAUGUUAUGGUUGAUGUCGAUAUGAGUUUUUGCGAAUAUGCACGGGCGAUGGGAUAUUUUAUGCAUGUUGAUAAUGAACAUUAUUAUGGGUUCCUUGUUGAUGCUGACGAUUUCGUUAACAAUGGUGCAAGGUUACACCCAGAGAUGUAUGAAAUAUUCAAAAAUCGGCAUUUAUGGGAACAACGUUACAUAAAUCCAAAAUAUUAUGAAGCAUUAAAUAGUAUAGACAUCCCUCAACCAUGUCCGGAUGUUUAUAACUAUCCUUUAAUGUCUGAAGCCUUCACAAAGGAAUUAAUUGAAGAAAUGGAGCAUUAUGAACAUUGGUCAAGUAGAAAAAACAAA